AUGUCAGAGACUGGAGAUGCAGCGCACGGAUCGACGAUAUUCGUGUCCAACUUGCCGUACACGGCGACUUCGACGGAUGUGCAAACACUGUUCUCGGACGUUGCGCCGGUGAGGUCGGCGUUUGUGGUAUUGGACAAGGAGACCAAGGCCAGCAAGGGAGUUGCCUAUGUGUCCUUUGCGAUCAAGGAGGAUGCCUCGCUUGCAUUGGAGAGCGAGAAACCGUUCGAGUUGGACGGACGAAUACUGAGACUGCAAUGGGCCGACAAAAAGGGUGUUCCCCACAACACAGACAAAGUCUCACCGAAGAAGCCUAAAAGGGAACCGCAGCCCAAGGGACCCAUUGAUCCAGAGGCCAUUCGCACUCUUAUUGUCACCAACUUGCCUCCUGGCACCAACUCGAAAGUCUUGUGGAAAAAAGCACGCAAGAUUCCCGGUGCGACGCAAGUAGUCUAUCCUGUCCCCGAUCAUGAUGAGCACACUGCGCUGGUCAAAUUCUCGUCGCCUGCACAGGCAUCAGCGGCCGUUGCAAAACUACACAAUCAUGUAUUCAAAGGUUCUCGUCUCUCUGCGACCAUCAAGAAACGAGCGGAUAAACUAGUCACGGGACGAAAAUCAGGAGCACCAAGUCGUUCGUCGAGAUUGAUCAUUCGCAACCUCCCCUGGCAUGUUACAGAGAGCGAUUUACAUGCGCUCUUUGCUCCGUUUGGACCCAUAUUCUCCAUCACCCUCCCCGCGGCUCAAUCCGAAGGAUCCGAAUCUAAACCGGGCCGUCACCGGGGAUUUGCUUUUAUAUGGAUGUUAUCGCGCGCCGAUGCCGAGCGUGCAUUGAACAGCGUCAACGGAAGAACAGUGGGUGCCCAAAAGAAGCAGAGGAAGACGAGGAAGGAGCGGGAGGAGGCUGCUCGGGCAAAGGCUGCUGCGAGGUUACGGGCUAUGAGGGGGGAGGAACCGGAGGCUGAGGAAAGUGAGGAGGAGGGGGAGGAGGAGGAGGGGGAAGACGAGAAUGCAGACGCACCUGUGAAGGAAGGUCGUGUGGUAGCCGUCGACUGGGCUUUGAGCAAGAGUAAAUGGGAAGAGACCGUUUCUCAGAGGCAGGAUGAGGCAAUGGAGGUCGAUGAGCAGGACGAUGAUGAAGAGGCCGAAUCCGGUAAUGAGGUCGGUUCUUCAGAAGAGGAAGAGGACGAGGAAGAAGAGGAAGAGGCGAGUGACGAAGACAGCGAAGAGGAACCGCACGAACGGCCUCAACUCCCGGAUACCGACGUUGGGACUACCCUUUUCGUACGAAACGUACCAUUCGAAGCCACCGAGGACGAUUUGCGUGCAUUGUUCCGCGCAUUUGGCCCUCUACGAUAUGCUCGUAUUACCAUGGACCAUGAGACGGGUCGGUCGAGGGGAACAGGGUUUGUAUGCUUUUGGAAAAAGGAUGACGCAGAUGCUGCGAUUGCAGAGGCAGAGGCUAUGGCAAAGGAACUAGGAAUGGACAAGCCCGCUGCCGGCAGCUCCAAGGCCCAUAACCCAUUCAGCAUGUCGCUUCUCACUCCCGACCCUUCGGCAUCAUUGGCUAAACGACUAGUACUGCACGGACGAACGCUCUCCGUCGCUCGAGCCGUGACACGCAACGAAGCAGACCGACUACGCGAAGAAGGCGAACGAAGCCGAGAAAAACAAGACAAGCGGAACCUGUAUCUCAUGCGCGAAGGAGUCAUAUUCCCCAACUCUAGUGCCGCCGCGGGCCUCUCAGAAGCCGAACUCGCAGCACGACAGACCUCAUUCGACGCGCGCAAGGCGCUCCUCCGUUCUAACCCUUCGCUCUACGUCUCGCGCACCCGCAUCAGUGUACGAAGACUCCCGCUCUGGGCGUCAGAGCGUGUUCUCAAGCGGCUCGCGAUCCAUGCUAUACGCGAGUUUGAGGCAGAAGUGUCGAGUGGUGAGCGGGAGCCGCUUACGCGGGACGAACUCCACCGGGACGAACCCGAAAACGAAAAUAACAACAAUAAUGACACCAGUACCGAGGCCAAAAGCGGGAAGAAGAAGAACAAGGGUAAAAAGGGGCGCAGCACGGGGAUUCAACAGGCCAAGAUCGUCCGCGCUGCCGAUCGGGUGGAUGCGGUGACGGGCAAGGGCCGAAGUCGCGGGUACGGAUUCAUCGAAACAAGCGAGCACGCGGAUGCGCUCCGUGUGCUUCGGUGGGUGAAUAAUCGCCCCGGGGUCGUUGGGCUCAUGCGCGCGUGGUGGAGAGAGGAGGUAAAGGAUUUAGUCGAGGCGCUGAAGAAGGCUGGUGAAUCUGGUGGGAACGAAGAGCGAGAGGGCAGGCUGAAAAGACUUAAAGACGAGCUUGAGCGUUUGGACGAAGAGCUCGGGUCCGAGGGGAAGAGUGAAGCCCGGGGAUCGAGCAAGACCUUGAUACUGGAAUUUGCUAUCGAGGCGAGUUUGAGAAACAUCCAAGUCGUCAAACGACGGAACGAACGAACCGAUGCGGUCAAGAGUGGACUUACCAACGCAGCUCAGGCUCCCAAAAAGCGCAAGGCACCUGACUCUGUGGGGGAUGAACAGGAGCAGCUCCCCAAAAGAGGGCGCCCAGGUCCGAAGCGGUCGAUGCCGAGAAAGUCUGGGAAUAGCUCGAAAGCCAAGGACGCGCCCUCGUCCAAAAAGGCAAAUCCAGAUCCCACUCCAAAGUCUACAAACACGGAUAAUAUUGGUGGGAUCAUUGGGAGAAAACGCAGAGACAGACGCAAGGGCAAAGGAAACUAG